AUGGAGGAUGUAGUGCAGCUCGGGCAGAACAGUAGCAGGUUGGACGCACGCACAGCCAAUCGUCCCCCGAAGAGAGGCGAGCCCACUGUCGCCAUCCAAGCACCAUGCACCCGCGACUCGCAUCCGCCAAGAUCCCGCACGAAUGACCGCACGACCGUUUUUUGGACCAUCAUAUUAUUAUGCAGUUAUCCUGUCAUUUGCAACACAUCCUCUACGUCCCCCUCACUGACGCACGGACGGAGCCUAGCCGCUAGCCAGCUAAUGUCCCCAGGUGGAUCUGACUCCAGUCCAGCUCCUUAA